AACCGCUGCUUGAACUCGCCCCGAAUCAGAGAAACCGGUAUUCCCACCUGAUGGAUGUCGGUGAUUAUCGUCAUUGUUCUCGGGUUUGAGGACAGUGGUUGUCAUCUGUUUUUGUUGUCUUUGUUCUCGCCAUCGUGUAGCAGUUUUUUGGCCACAGAUCAUCCGUCUUGAUGUUCUCAUAAUGAUUACAUGGUUUGCAACCACGUCGGAGAUCACUGAGCCGUCGUACUUAUCUCACAUCCAUGGUUCCCGCUCAUCGCAAGGCUCUCACACGUCUUUUUGUAUCAUCGCAUAUCCUCGCCAUCGAGGUCCUUCGUUGGGGGGAACGCUACCGCCCCAAAACCCCUCGAGAGUGGCGGUUGUGUCGAUUUUGCAAAAUUGCCGUUGAGGAUGAGGCACACGCCCUGCUCCGUUGUACUAUUGCCUCUGGACCGGUAGAGCUUUGUCAUUUAUUCAUCGCUGACGCGCAUACAUUGUCUCAGAGCCUUGGUGCCGCAUGGGAUUUGUUAGAGUUCGAUGACCGUUUGGCAUGCUUGUUGCAGCUUCCCCGGUUGGAGCCGAGAUUAGCACAAUACGUACAUCAGGGAUUGGAGAUUUUUCGAGCGACGGCGAUAUAUGUCGCGCCGGAAUCACUCUGGAGAUCAGCUAGCUAA